CGAGGGGCGCGGGCCCGCCCGCGGCGGCGGCGGCAUGAAAGUGACCGUGUGCUUCGGACGGACCCGGGUGGUCGUGCCGUGCGGGGACGGCCACAUGAAAGUUUUCAGCCUCAUCCAGCAGGCGGUGACCCGCUACCGGAAGGCCAUAGCCAAGGACCCAAACUACUGGAUACAAGUGCAUCGCUUAGAACAUGGAGAUGGAGGAAUACUAGACCUUGAUGACAUUCUCUGUGAUGUAGCAGAUGAUAAAGACAGACUGGUAGCGGUGUUUGAUGAGCAGGAUCCACAUCAUGGAGGUGAUGGCACCAGUGCCAGUUCAACGGGUACCCAGAGCCCAGAGAUAUUUGGUAGUGAGCUUGGCACCAACAGUGUCUCAGCCUUUCAUCCUUACCAAGCAACAAGUGAAAUUGAGGUCACACCUUCAGUCCUUCGAGCAAAUAUGCCUCUUCAUGUUCGACGCAGUAGUGACCCAGCUCUAAUUGGCAUCUCCACUUCUGUCAGUGAUCAUAAUUUUUCCUCUGAAGAGCCUUCAAGGAAAAAUCCCACACGCUGGUCAACAACAGCUGGCUUCCUCAAGCAGAACACUGCUGGGAGUCCUAAAACCUGUGACAGGAAGAAAGAUGAAAACUACAGAAGCCUCCCACGGGAUACUAGUAACUGGUCUAACCAAUUUCAGAGAGACAAUGCUCGCUCGUCUCUGAGUGCCAGUCACCCAAUGGUGGGCAAGGUGGCUGGAGAAACAAGAAACAGGUAA